AUGACGGCCAUCACAACCGAGAAGGUUCAAAACUUCCUGCAACGCAACAUCUUCUACCGCCACGGUACGUUGGAGUUUAUCAUCACAGAUAACGGCACGCAAUUCAAUAACAAGCACCUCAUCACAUGGUGCAAGGCAAGAGGAACUAAGCUCAAGUUCGCAUCCGUAACACAUCCAAAAACCAACAGGCAAGUAGAAGCCGCUAACAAGCUGAUCAAAGGCCUUAUUCGAAAAAAGCUGGAUGAAGCCAAAGGACUUUGGCCCGAAAAACACGACGAAGUGCUAUGGGAAAUCCGUACCACACCAACAGAAGCUAUGGGCGAAACUCCUUUUUGCUUAAUGUACAGCACGGAAGCAGUCUUGCCUAUCGAAGUAAUUCAGCCAACACAACGGGUUUCGCUGUUUGACCCCGAUACCAAUUCGGACAAUAUGCAACUUGAUAAAGAUCUCUUGGAAGAGAAACGCAUCACAGCACAUCGCCAUAACGUCUAG